CCCAAGGCGGUCCCUUCACUCGCAUGGGCUCCAUCAUCGUAGAAUAACUGUCGAUCCGCCUUCUCAGAUCUCUUCUCUGUCAAGGCCGCGUGGAGAUGCUCCUCAUCUUACCCGAGGCCCUCAUAAACGCACGAGGUGGAGCUGCUCCGGGAGCCUCGCGCAACCCGCUAUCUCUCUCUUUUCUUGGGUUCUCUGCGCGAAUAGGUGCACACGACCAUGGACGCUUCACGAACAAGAACGUCCUCCGACGAGAAGGUCAGUGCCGAGGAGAAGUAUGCUGCGGUCGACGAGGCAGGCGUGCUAUCGGCACACAUAGACCCGCGCGAUCUGUACAACGAGGAGGACUCUGGCGUCGAUCCGGUGUACCAGGCGAAGGCGAAGAUCCUGAAUGAAGCAUUCAUGGAGAUUGGUAUGGGCAGAUACCAGUGGUGGCUUUUCUUAAUCACAGGAUUCGGGUGGUUUGCCGACAACCUCUACCCUAUCGUGACAGGCCUAAUUCUCACCGCUGUCUCGAACGAGUUCAACUUUCCCAGUCCAUUUUUGAAGCUUGGCCAGAGUCUCGGUCUGCUUGUAGGCUGCGUGUUCUGGGGUGUGGCCUCGGACGUAUGGGGACGGCGAUGGUGUUUCAACUUCACGCUCCUCAUCACGGGCAUAUUCUCGGUAGCUGCUGGGGCAUCGCCGAACAAAAUCGCGUUGUGUGGCAUGGCCGCAGCGUGGAGCGUUGGUGUCGGCGGCAACCUGCCCGUCGACUCAGCUGUUUUCUUAGAGUUCAUCCCCGCCUCGCACCAGUAUCUCCUUACGGUCCUCUCCAUCUGGUGGGCCGUAGGCCAGCUCGUCGGCAGCCUCGUCGCCUGGCCACUCCUCACCGACUUCUCCUGCGCCUCCGCUGCCGACUGCCCACGGAGCUCGAACAUGGGCUGGCGGUACUUCCUCUACAGCAUGGGCGGGCUGAUGCUCCUCUGCUGGUUCCUCCGCUUCAUGUUCCACCUGCACGAGAGCCCAAAGUACCUGAUGGGCCGGGGGCGCGACGCGGAGGCCGUCAAGAUCAUGCAGGCGAUCGCCGAGUACAAUGGACGGACGUGUCAUUUGACGUUAGAGAUGUUGGAGAAUGCGGGAACGGUGGAUGACAGGAGCGGGGUGAAGCGCACUUUGGAUACGAGUGCGAAGGCGGCGGUGGUGAGGAAGCUGAAGAUGUUGAGUGGGGAACAUCUGCGGAGCUUGUUUGCGACGAAGAAGCUGGCGUGGUCGACGAGUCUGUUGAUUGCUAUCUGGGCGCUGAUUGGGCUCGCCUUCCCAUUAUACAACGGAUUUAUCGUUUACUUCUUGCAGACGCGAGGAACUGACUUCGGCGACGGUUCGCUCUACAUAACGUAUCGCAACCAAGUAAUUUUAAGCGCAGUGGGGCUACCUGGGGCUCUCCUCGCAGGAUGGAUGGUGGAACUCCCAUACCUGGGCCGAAGGGGGACGAUGGGCAUCUCGACAGUCAUCACCGGUGUAUUCCUAUUCGCGGCAACCACCGCACGUACGUCGAACGCCCUACUCGCCUGGAACAGCGCGUACACAUUCACGAGCAACGUGAUGUACGGCGUAUUGUACGCCGUCUCCCCGGAGCUGUUCCCUACACGAGAUCGCGGGACAGGAAACGCACUUGUUGCCGCUGCAAAUCGCAUCACGGGUGUUGCUGCACCCAUCGUUGCCUUAUAUGCGAAUCUCGCGACUUCCGUUCCAAUAUACGUCGCCGGUGCAAUGUUCAUCGCGGCCGGUAUUCUGUCGUUCCUUCUACCGUACGACCCGAGAGGAAAGGCGUCGAUAUAGUGCCUGUACUAUUGUAGACUCGAAGACUGGGGCGCGUGUACGAGUGAAAAGCCUCGGACCCGCUUCGCAUAUGCAGCGUAGAGACAGGCCAGGAUGGUCCGCCAAUAUACCGCAACCUUGGCUCGUGGGUGUCUCCCCCGAACCAACAU